AGGAUCCCCAGGCGAUGUGGAUACUUCGAUGCCACCACGCCCACCUCUAAAAUUACUACCACUGGAAAUUCCUGAGGUGGAUGAAUCUACAACUACAUCUAAUUCUAUGCAAGAGUCAGAGCCGGUGCGUGGUACGCUAUGAUGUGCAUGUGUAGAGUCGUUAAUCUCAAUGAAACGUCUAUGCGCAGAGCCACGUCGUCUGGUCUUUGUGUGCGCCGCACCUCUCUGUCUAGUUCUUUAGAUAGCUCGCGCGUUGACUAAGCAAGAAUGAGUCGAAACUCCGCCAGUUCGCAUGCAAAUGGUAGCGCCGCCGCUGGAGGUGGCAGCACGGAUGUUGCGAACUCGUCCGAUACGACAAUCCGACAGACCUUGCAGGAGCGCAUGGUGAGGCAGAAAGAAAAGGAGUCUCUGUUGCAGCAGCAGCCGUCUAUUGCCGAGAAGAUCAUGACCAAAAGCAAAAACGAAAUUUUGGAGGAGUCGUAUGGCGUCGCGAUUCCGCGCCGGAGGUCGUCGGCUGCUGGCAACAGUGCAAGUAGAAGUGCGGGCUCCAUAGUAGAAAUGCAGGAGUGGCCGACAGAGCUCGCGCGACUCGAUAAGCUGGAAGUAGAUCCAGAUGAAGCUGCGCAGGAGAUUAUAACAAGUAAAAAUUACGGAAGCAGUUCUCCCUCUCUGAUUCAUAGUGUUCCUGGUAGCACGAGACUAACGACGGGCAGCGCCUUGCGAACGUCCACUGGCCGGCUGAAGACGCGUAUCAGCUAUGCGCCCUACGGCAACUGGGUUUGUCCCAAUAGGUUACGAAAGCCACCGGACUGGGAUCCGGACUCAACCGAUAUCUACGUACCGAGAAACCAAUAUGAGUAUGACGUGUGGAACCUGGCACUGCGAGCCGAUCCGUGGAUAUUCCUGUUCUUUUCAGUCGCCUACUUCGCGCUGCCUUACAUGAUGUACGAGAAACUGUGGUUGGGAAUAUUAAGGAAAGACUUUACAACGAGAACAAGCUACUUGGCGUGGUUUUUUUCAAACGAUGGGGCGGCAUCAAAUAGCGAUUACGCCGCGCAAGCGCUGCGCUCGCAAUACGAUUUCGACGGUGAGUAUUUCACGGGGGAGAAGCGUGCGAUACUGGCUGAAAUCUCCGAGUUCGUGACACCCCAGCGAUGCUGUCUCGCGGCGUUCUGUUUCUACCUGCUCCUGUGGGGGUUUGCCAAGAUGGUGGCGAUUCCCUUUCCGCACAUGGGCAGCAGUAACCUCGCCGCGUGGGGGAAGGGUGGCAGGAUAAUCUUCUUUACGAAGCACGGGCAACUUUUCCAGCUGGUGCACUACGGAGUGAUGGUGCUUGCGUUCACGGCAUUGAAAUUUCGUUUUGCCGAAAGCUGGACGUCGGACACUCUGCGCUGGGGCAUCUCUAGCACUUCGCAGACACGACCGUGGGCACAGGCGGGGUUCUUCGCAGACGCGUUUGACACCACGCUCCUUUUUGUGCUUCGGACCAGUGCGCAAAUGUCGUUUUUCACCGCCACGAUGGGGUCCGCCGUGACCAUUCUGUAUGCGCUGCUGGUGGUGCCCGACGCCGGCUUCCAAUUUGAUUGCAAGCGGUACGACGAAGACUUCGGAUUUCCGCUGCGCAGGCUGCAAGACCAGAGUCACAACGUGCUGCUCGUCCUGGGCCUAAUUGAAGUCACGGUGUUGCAACCUGGGACCAAUUGGCUGCAGGUGUCGGGGGACGCGUCGUCAGCCGCGUGGUACGAGCCGACGCCGAUGAAAAAACUCGCGAAGAUGGGUGACGGCGUCCCGAAGUUCUACUUUCUGGUGCUGUGUGUUUUCUACCAGUGCUUCUACUUUGUGGGCAUUGUGGCGCCGAAUUACUGGGACACAGGCAACUGGCCAUACGGCAUUCUACGAAAAGUUGCCGGCCUCGGAAUCGUCAAGGGCUGGGUUCCCUUUUUGCUCGGCGUUGGGAUGUUUUGCUACACCUUGUUUCUCAUUUUGGUCUUCGUUUUCCACGAGAGCGUUUUGCCGCACGUGAUCACCCUCUGGCGGUCCUGGGCUGGAGCUUUGGUAUAGCGCAGCUCGAACCGUCACCUACUUUGAUGUCGACGUGAUGAAAGAACAAGUAGUGUAUGUUGUCAGAAAAAUUGGUAUAUGUAUACAUGAAAUCUCUCGCUAUCGCUUACCCUAUUCCCGUACUUGAAUUGUAAAACAUGAGCAUGUAUGAACAUCAAUUUAUUACCCGGAUAUCAUUAAUUUGAAACUAAGGAAAAGGAUACGGAAAAAAUACAAGCCGGACGACGCCCAAUUGCUUUUGCCGGACUCCGGCGCGCGCCGCCGCGUUUGGUAUCUCACAAGCGUUUUGGUUUUCCUUCCCCUACGCCUAUUGAAUGAAGAAAUGACUAUAGAGAUUUCAGGUGUUGCAUUUUGUAAUCGGGCAGCUGACUCUCCGAAUAUGCAAUCCUGACUGGAGGUGAAAAAUCACGGUUUCUUCAUAAUCGCAAGCGAGUUUCGGAUUUGAUGUCAUUGUGUAUCAAAGCAUUGAAAUUGUUUCUGACCCGCACGCUUUUGAACCUGUUUCUGUAUGAUUUCCAUUUGCCAGACAAAUUUUCAUAUCGAACUGCAUUUCCAGCAGCGAUCAAU